UGGCAACUGCAACUGGCAAAUGGCAAUGGUGGACGAUCGGAUGGGCGUCCAUCUUGAAUUUCGCUGAAUUUGUGCCGGUUAUGUGAUAAAAGUGUAAUUUGUAUAUUAGACUUCCAAUUAUUUGUUAAUUUUCAAGAAGUUUAUGUAUGCUUAAACUAUUUAUUGUUUAAAAUAGGAUAAUCUACAGGAAUGUGUUAGUAUCAUUACUCAAGACAUAUGCGAUUUCCGGUAAGAGCCUCGUCGACAAGACCUUAGGUUGGCAAAGUUAUAAUACGAUGGCUGUACCUAGUAGAGCGCGGGUAUAUGCCGACGUUAACUCACAGAAACCGAGAGAAUACUGGGAUUAUGAAAGCUAUGUGGUGGACUGGGGCAAUCAGGAGGACUACCAGCUAGUACGCAAGCUCGGCCGCGGAAAGUACAGUGAAGUAUUUGAAGCAAUAAAUAUCACAAAUAACGAGAAAUGUGUAGUUAAAAUAUUGAAGCCUGUAAAAAAGAAGAAGAUAAAAAGAGAAAUAAAAAUAUUAGAGAACUUAAGAGGAGGCACAAACAUAAUAACUUUACAAGCUGUUGUAAAAGAUCCUGUCUCUCGUACUCCUGCUUUAAUAUUUGAACAUGUGAACAACACUGAGUUUAAACAACUAUAUCAAACAUUGUCAGAUUAUGAUAUAAGGUAUUAUUUGUAUGAACUUUUGAAGGCUUUAGAUUACUGCCACAGUAUGGGUAUCAUGCACAGAGAUGUAAAGCCUCACAAUGUGAUGAUUGACCAUGAUAAUAGAAAGUUACGCCUCAUUGAUUGGGGCUUAGCGGAGUUCUAUCAUCCAGGACAGGAGUAUAAUGUUCGUGUUGCUUCUAGAUACUUUAAGGGUCCGGAGCUCUUGGUUGAUUAUCAAAUGUAUGAUUACUCUUUGGAUAUGUGGUCACUAGGGUGUAUGUUAGCAUCCAUGAUCUUCCGUAAGGAGCCAUUCUUCCAUGGUCACGAUAAUUAUGAUCAACUCGUACGUAUAGCCAAAGUGCUGGGCACUGAAGAGCUAUUUGAAUAUUUGGAUAAAUAUCAUAUAGAACUUGAUCCUCGGUUUAAUGAUAUCCUUGGCAGGCAUUCUCGUAAACGAUGGGAACGAUUUGUACAUUCAGAAAAUCAGCAUUUGGUUUCUCCAGAAGCAUUAGACUUCCUCGACCGCCUUCUGCGCUAUGACCAUUAUGAGCGAUACACAGCUCGAGAAGCAAUGGAACAUCCUUACUUCUAUCCAAUUGUGAAGGAGCAAGGCAGAAUGGUAUCGUCCAAUUCUCCUAGUCCUAAUGCAUUGCAAGGACCAAUAAAUGCAGCAGAGUAAUUGUUAUUAAAUUAUGUAAUGCUCUUUAUAACACUAUGUAUUGAAAUAUAUUACCUGUACAAGAAUUCCUGAUAAUGAGGGAGUUGAAGGAAACACCAAAUAGAGUCCAGUGCUAGCGAACAACACACGGGACACAGUGAGGAGCGCCAUUUUUGUUCAGUUUGAUAACUCUCAUGUAAUUCCAAUAUUCUACUGAAGUAUAAUUUGGAAAGACAAUAUAAUUUAGUAUUUAAUGUUAGUAAAAUCUGGUUUAUUCAUUGUUUUUAAAGUGUUUUAUGUCUGGUACAAACCACCAAGUCCAUGGAAGUGAAGUCUUAAUGUUACUUUUGAGUAUCUUUUAUGGGUAUAUAAAAUUUUAAAAAGUUUUAAGGUUCUCGACAUAUCCACCUUAUCUGUGAGGUUCAUCAAUAUUGAAAUAACAAAACCCAUCUGGAGUUUCAUUGCACUUGAUCUUUUGCAUUUAUUAAACCUACGGUAUUGAUAUUGUAAUUACUUGUAUGAUAUACUAAAGCCUGCAUACCAUUUGCAAUUACUGGUUAGCGACUUUUGUUGGUACUUCUAUUAAAAUUUUGUAUUUAUGUUAUAAUAAUAAAAUGUAGAUAUGUGUGAUAAAUACAAAAUUUUAAGAUGUAAUUGUUUCUUUCAUUACAUGAUUUUAAGAUACCAGUAAAUUUUAAUUCUUAGAUAUGUCAAAUAAAAUUAUGCUUCUAUUAGUAUAUUUUUAGUAAGUUAUGUUAGUGUCCCAUUAUAUAGCGAAAUGGAAUCGAUCGGCAACGUUCAGUGGGCCUCAUUCAUUAUAAUUUAUUUUUAGAGUGAUAACUUAAAGUUGUUGCAACAAAAUUUUCUUAAUAAACAGACUAACUUUGCCUGGA